UCUCCAACAUAACGAUGCAAGUUUUAAUACUCAAUAAGUGUACCCAGGCAACUGAUCGAAGCCGUUUUAAAUUCUUACUUCAAAAGAUUGGAGGUACAGAUGGUACUGACCACAUGAAGAAAGCAAUGUUAAGAACUAUGACAAACUCGUACAUGGCUGGUCUAAACAUGAAGGGAAAACGGGGAAAGAAAGCUUUUGGUUCCUCCCAACUCUGCCUCCUUAUAAAAGAAACUGUAUUGACAUCUCAUACACAGUAUACAGAAUCAAAAUUCAAUGAAGAUUUGGCUAAAUUUCUAAAAUAUGCCCCGGAGCGUGUGGGAGGAGGUGAAAGAAGGAGAAGAGAUUGACUGUUUUUCACGUUCACUUGACCAGAACUAAUGAUUUUACUCUUUUUCAUCUUCUUAAACUAAUGUUUUUGUGAAAAGCUGGCUACAGAUGUGAGCUAGGUUAUCCAUCAGUGAUUUUAAGUGAUACUUUCAAUUUAUUUAACUGUUUCUCUCUUGAAUAAAUUGAUUAAUGAUA